CCGUCACCGUUGCCGUCGUUGCCGCUGUCGCCGUCAUUGCCGCCGUUACCGCCGCGUUGUGUCGUGUCGUGUCGUGUCGCGUCCUCCUAUACCAAUUAUUUUCUCUCCUUCCUUUCUCCCUACUACCACCCUGCCCGCCCGUCCAUCCAUCCGUGUCACUCGCGCCACACACCGCAAAGGAGAGAUAUACUUUGAGAGGAAAAACAGAUUGUAAGAGAGAGAAAGAAAGAGAGAGAGAGAGAGAGAGAGAGGGAGUGAUAGUUAAAGAGAGAUAGAGGUAGAGGUAGUGGUAGACAGAGAGAGAGAGAGAGAGAGAGAGAGAAAGAGAGAAAUAUCGAGUCGCGCGGUAUACGCGCUCGUGUCGUCACAACACCGUGCGUUCCGUUCUGAAAAAUCUCUUUCUCGGCCUCGAGCCCGGUGGCUAAACGAUGGCGUUCAACGGGGACGGACCACACUCGAAGAGGCAACGACUCGAAGAAUCUGGACACAGGGAAAACAGGACGCGCUGAUAAAGAAUUUCCGAGUUACGUGUCUCGGGAAAUUUGACGAUUUCGGUUGAUUAUCGCAAAUUUGAAAGUUUCACAAAAAUCCCGUGAUGGCCUUCUCUUCGUAUACCGGUUCGGAUCAAUACUUUCGUCAACCACUUGACAAAAGAAAAGCCCGUGGAGAAAGGAAUGCGUUCUCGAAUCAUGAGUACGGUGGAUACGGAGAUGAGCCACGGCGAAAGAGAGAAGAUAAUAAUAAGCCGAAUCACGUUCUCCUAUUUACAAUCAUCAAUCCAGUAUAUCCCAUCACUGUGGAAGUUCUACACGCCAUCAGUGCGCCCAGCGGGCAAGUUCAACGUAUCGUUAUCUUCAAGAAGAACGGCGUUCAAGCCAUGGUGGAGUUCGACUCGGUAGAAUCAGCCACAAGAGCAAAAGAAACGCUUCACGGGGCGGACAUAUAUUCUGGCUGUUGCACUUUAAAAAUUGAUUUUGCUAAGCCGACGAAGCUGAACGUUUACAAGAACGACGCCGAGAGCUGGGACUACACAACGCCUUCGUUGGGAUCGACCGCGCAUAAGAACGAUGCGACGGGUAACGGAAGGCCGGCGCCCCUCUUGGCGGAACCCAGAUACGGUGCCGCGCCCCAACCAUACGGAUCCACACCACAGGUGACUUUCCCACCCGGUGCCGGCCACGAUCGUUACGAGGAAAGCUUCAAUGGACCAGCAACAUAUGCGGAACCAUACGUUGAGCGUUAUGGUAUUAAAAGUGAAUUCAGUGGUCGAGAGCCAUUACAUCCUACGCCACCUCGGCCUGGUUACGUACCCACUUUAGGACAAACCCCACCGUCUAGUACCCAAGGAUCUGUAAUGAUGGUAUAUGGUUUACAACCGGACAAGGUCAACACCGAUAAACUUUUCAAUUUAUUCUGCCUCUACGGAAACGUAACGAAGGUAAAAUUUUUGAAGACGAAAGAGGGAUGCGCCAUGAUACAAAUGGGCGACAGUAUAGCCGUAGAAAGGUGUUUACAAAAUUUGAACAACGUUACGAUUGGUACGGACGGUAGGCUGCAGCUUGGAUUUUCUAAACAGGCUUUUCUGUCGGACGUUACCAACCCGUACAUAUUGCCGGACAAAACGGCGAGCUUCAAAGAUUUUACAGGAAGCAAAAACAACAGGUUUUUAAACCCUGCUAUGGCCAAUAAGAAUAGAAUACAACCACCAUCGAAGAUAGUCCACUUUUUCAACACACCCCCAGAUCUGACGGAGGAAACUGUCAAUCGCGUAUUCGUUGAACGCGGUAUCGAGGCACCAACGACAGUGAAAUUGUUUCCCCUAAAGUCAGAACGAUCCUCUUCAGGCCUAAUCGAAUUCAGUAGCGUCGGUAUCGCGGUAGCGGCAAUAAUGGAGUGUAAUCACACGGCACUGGAAAACAGCAACGGGAAAUUUCCUUACAUCAUGAAACUGUGCUUCUCCUCCUCGCGUACUAUACCCACCAGCUUCCCACCAAGCAGCGGCAGCGUUUCGAGCAAUUCCGCCGGUAAUGGCCACGUCAAAAUGCAGCAGGACUCGGAAUAGAACGGCGAGGUCCAGGGCCAGCAGCGUCAGCGCCAGCGCCAGCGCCCCUCUCUCGCCCUGCACCCGUUGUGUGCCCCCGUUGCGACGAGCACGGCCCUGCACCCAGCCACAGCGAUAACCCUAUCCCCGGUAUUGCCACCGCCGCCGGUUCCUCCUCCUUUGCCACCUGCUUGUCUCCUGAUAGCAACGCCAACCUUGUAUCCAACUGUACCACCUCCCCCGCCACCUCCUCUGCCGACGUUCUGGCCUUACUGAGCAUCGUUAAGGACGUCUCAGGUAUUCUAAGGAGACCUGAUCAUCAUCGAGUGACGUUCUCAUCCUUGGGGAUCAUCGUAGUCCAUCGUCGAUCAAUUCGUAAGACGUUACCCAAGGGUGAUAGAAGCUCAAUAAGUUCGAUCAGAGGGAUGAGAUCAAAGCGGUGGAUCGAACAAGAGGAGGAUGAGGAGGAGGAGGAGGAGGAGGAGGAGGAGGAGAUGGUGGAGGUGGAGGAAAAGGAGGAGGAGGAUUGACAGAGUGAAGAUCGGCGCGUGUCCUACGGACAAAAAAGGGGAAGCUGGUUGCAUCAUUAAACAGAAACAAAAAAGGUGUCACGAGCAGACGCGUGUGUGUGUACGUGCGUGCGUACUUGUUGAUACAUAAUCGUCGUCGUCGUACCGAAGCCUCCGUGUAUUUUGUCGUCGUCGUCUCCUCAAAGCCACGUCGUUAACUAUCGUUGUGAUCUUCGACUGAAAAAAAUGUAGGCCAGCGAGAGAAAGAGAAUAAAGAGAGAGAGAGAGAGCGAGAGCGAGAGAGAGAGAGAGGGAGAGAGAGAGAGAGAGAGAGAGAGAAAGAGAGAGAUAUGAAAUAUAAUUGGGAGGCCUGCAUGCGGACCAAUGAGAUGUCCAAACGAAUUACUUUUUUCCUUUUGUCUCUUUUUUAUCUUUUUUUUUUUCUUAAAUAUUUUUUGGUCUCUCUCCCGUUUUUAUUUUCCAACACUUCCUUAUCAUUUCUCUUAUCAUCGCUCGCGAAUUACAUAUCAGAGAGGAGGCUAGGGGAUGUAACAUAGGAUCGCGAGAAAAACUAUGAGACGACGCUUGGUGUUAGGUGGUGUGGCCUUGACGAUGGAACGCUGUGUUAUGCGUUUAACAUCGAAGAUUUGUUACGUCUUAGCAACAACAAUAACAACAACAACUACAACUACAUCAUCAACAACAACAACAAUAACAACAUCAAUAACAACAGUAACAACAUCAACAACAACAACAACAACAACAAUAGCAACAACAUCAACAAUAACAAUAACAAGAUCGCGUAGCUGUUUAAUUCACGACUCCUCCACGAUCACAAUUACAACCACAACCAACCAACGUCAUCACCGCCACAACCAACACCAACUGACACCCCUGUUCCCAUCGUCCACCGGGAGGUUUUCACUGAUUUUGCUGCUGAAUAAACGUUCCUCAGUGACCGUUCAAAGAAAAAAAAACAAAAAAAAAAAAAACAAAAAAUUAUGGGAUCCAAUAAGUACGAGAUUAAUCUCUACUACCCCCUCGACCCCCCACCCCAACCCCCAUUGACCACUGUGUAACGAUGGGAUACAAUUAUUAAGUGAGCGUUCGAGAAGAAAAGAGAAAGGAAUAAGAAAAAUGUGAGAGAAUGAAAGAGAGAGGAAGAGCGAAUGAUUGAGCGAGCGAGCGAGAGAGCGGUAUUGUGUGUGUGAGAGAUUGAGCGAGAGAGAAAGAGAGAGAGAGAGAGAGAAGGAAGAGAGAAAGAAAAAGAAAGAGGAAGCCAAAGUAACUCUUGUAACCGCGCGGUGUCUCGAUAGAAAAUUCGUUGCUAACGUCGUGCCAAUAUACCACAAGCCACGAGAAUCUUCGUACCGAGUGUUACGUAUUAUGUAUGUAUUUUAUCACAUAUGUAUUUUACUUCGUCAUGACUAAAGAUCGUACGAAAAGAUUUGAAAGUUCCGUUCUUCUUUUUUUCUUUUUCAUUGUCUUUCUUUUUCUUUUCUUUUCUUUUAUUUUAUUCUUUUCUUCUUUUGAACUUCUUUUGUAUGUGUUUGUCGUGUUUUUUUUUUUUUCUUCUUUUUUGGUCGCCAUCAGUGCGCGAGAAAAGAGCCGCCAUCUUGUCUCCGAUCACAUACCACACACACAUUAAAUAUAUGUAUAUAUAUAUAGACAUAUUUGUUCCAUCACCGUUGAGGUUUCUUAAUCAAUGUACGCGUUCGUUUCGCGAAAAAAGACUGCUUCACCUCAGCAAGCCAAACCAAGUUUUUCUCUUUUUACUUCGUGUUUUUCAUGCUUUUUUUUUCCUUUUUUGUGUUCUUUAAUUAUUUUUUUUUCUUCCUUUUUAUUAUGUAUCGGUACCGACUCGGAUAAGGAUUCUCGUGAGUUUUGUUUUCUUAUCUUUUUUUUUGUUUUUUUUUUUUUUGCUUUUUUUUAAAUAAAACGACGACAGCAUGGCGUAUACGAUCGUAUUGAAUCGCACGUUAUUGAACGCAUCAUUGAACAUAUAAAUUUUCGAAAGAAAAUUAUCGUAAAAUUUGACGUGUCAAUAUUUAAUAAUACACUCGUAUACAACGUUGUCGAUCGUGAAACGCGGACUGUAAAUUGAAUUUUAUAUGAGGAAGAAGAAGAAAAAAAAAGAAUAAAUAAAAUAAAUAAAAUAAAAUAAAAUAAAGUAAAGUAAAGUAAAGUAAAAGAUUUAACAAUGAAGUCACACUACAAUGAUGACAACACAAUAUAUUAGUGUUCCUCGGCAAUAUUUUGUCGGGCCGAGGGAUGUUUUUAUAAGAAAGGUUUUAGAGAUCUCCGAUUAAGAUGAAGAAGAAGAAAAAAAAAAAAGAGAAUAGAAAAAAAAGAAAAGCAAAGCAUAAAAAGCCCAAUAAUAACACAUUUUCAGAGCGAACCAAACGACAAACAAACAAACAAACAAAUAAACAAAUAAAUAAAUAACUAACUAAAUAAAUAAAUAACUAAAUAAAUAAAUAAAUAUAUAGAGACUCGACACUCGGCCAUACGUAACAUAAGAUAAUAAGGACCCCCUUGAGAUAUGCGCGCGAAUGACCGCCAUUUUGUCCAUUCGAAUGUGCAUGACAUGGAAAGAAAGAGAGAGAGAGAAAGAAAAAGAAAAAG